GCGAGAACCGGACCUGUGCAGAGCCGGGACGCCGAGCAUCCUGGAGCCCCGCUUCAACAUAGUUUACCCUGACAUCCAACCUGGCCCAGCUGACCCAGGAUCCUGCACACCAACCAGAGCUGACCCUGAGCAGCAGGCUAGCUGAGCUGACCCUGUUCUGCAUGCCAUCAGAGAUGACCCUCAUUCCUGGCUUGACUGAGCUGACCUUGGAUCCCACACACCAGCCAGAGGAGACCCCAGCCCCCAGCCGGGCUGAGCUGACUCUCGAGCCUGUGCACUGCCGACCGGAGCUCCUGGACGCCUGUGCUGACCUCAUCAACGAGCAGUGGCCCCGCAGCCGCGCCUCCCGCCUGCAUUCACUGGGCCAGUCCUCAGACAAUUUCCCCCUCUGCCUGAUGCUGCUGAGCCCCCACCCCACACCCGGGAAAGCCCCCAUUGUGGUGGGACAUGCCCGCCUGUCACGAGUGCUAGACCGGCCCCAGAGCCUCCUAGUAGAGACAGUGGUGGUGGCCCGGGCCCUUAGGGGCCGUGGCUUUGGCCGCUGCCUCAUGGAGGGCCUCGAGGUCUUUGCUCAGGCCCGGGGCUUCCGCCGGCUGCACCUCACCACUCAUGACCAGCUGCCCUUCUAUGCCCACCUGGGCUACCAGCUGGGUUUCCAUUCCUGGGGCAUGACCAUGCAGCUAGGAGAGGCCCUGGUGCUGGGGGUGGCCCUGUGUCUGGGGUGUGGCCAGCCCCUCCAGGGGGCCCCUGAACGCCCCUUCUCCGUGCUGUGGAACAUACCCUCAGCACGCUGCAGGGGCCGCUUUGGUGUGCACCUGCCACUAGAGGCCCUGAGCAUCACAGCCAACCGUGGACAGCAUUUCCAUGGGCAGAACAUCACCAUCUUCUACAAGAACCAGCUCGGCCUCUAUCCCUACUUUGGGCCCAGGGGCACAGCUCACAAUGGGGGCAUCCCCCAGGCUGUGCUCCUUGACCGCCACCUGGAACGGGCUGCCUAUCAGAUCCAUCGCAGCCUGAUACCCGGCUUUACUGGCCUGGCAGUGCUGGACUGGGAGGAAUGGUGUCCGCUCUGGGCUGGGAACUGGGGCUACCGCCGAGCCUAUCGGGCAGCCUCAUGGGCUUGGGCACAGCAGGUAUUCCCCCACCUGGACCCCCAGGAGCAGCUCCGUAAGGCCCACACUGGCUUUGAACAAGCGGCCAGAGCACUGAUGGAGGGCACACUGCGGCUGGGCCAAGCACUGCAGCCCCGUGGGCUCUGGGGCUUCUAUCACUUCCCAGCCUGUGGCAAUGGCUGGCACGGUAUAGCUUCCAAUUACACAGGCCACUGCCGUGCAGCCACCCUUGCCCGCAACAACCAACUGCAUUGGCUCUGGGCUGCUUCCAGCGCCCUCUUCCCUAGCAUCUACCUGCCACCCCGGCUGCCGCCUGCUCACUACCAGGCGUUUGUUCGAUACCGCCUGGAGGAGGCCUUCCGUGUGGCCCGUGCUGGGCACCCACAUCCCCUGCCUGUCCUGGCUUAUGCCCGCCUCACACACAAGAGCUCUGGGAGGUUCCUGUCCCAGGAUGACCUUGUGCAGACCAUUGGUGUGAGCGCAGCACUGGGGGCAGCCGGCGUGGUGCUCUGGGGGGACCUGAGCAUCUCCAGCUCUGAGGAGAGGUGCUGGCAUCUCUAUGACUACCUGGUGGACACCCUGGGCCCCUAUGUAAUUAACGUGACCAGGGCGGCCAUAGCCUGCAGUAACCAGUGGUGUCAUGGCCAUGGGCGCUGUGCCCGGCGACACCCAGGACAACUGGAAGCCUUUCUACACCUGCAGCCAGAUGGCAGCCCUGGAGCUUGGGAGUCCUUCCGCUGCCGCUGUUACCGGGGCUGGAUGGGCCCCACCUGUCAGGAGCCCAGGCCUAAGCCUGGACCUGAAGAAACAGCAUAAAGCCAGCAAUCACCUGCCGUGACCCUCUUGUCCUUGCUGCCAUUUCCUAGUCCUUGAGGAUUCUGUCCCACUCUUGCUCUACUUAGCUUAGCCAGUCCUCCUACACACACACCUCACUUCCCAUGGGAUCCCUGGGGAGUGGAAGGGGCCAGAAGAAAACAUUUACACUAUUUUAAAACAGGUGGCCCUCUGAGAUCACCUGACCCCUCCUAAAAAGGAAGCAGUCCCAGGGAGAGAGAGACAAGGUUCCAGAUGGUUAGGGUUGCCAGCCCAGGGCCCUGUUCCUACACAUCACUGGGUACAUCGAGACAUCGCAGGAAGGAGACCGACCCAAGGGCAGCUGGGCCUCAAGAUCUUGACUAAGGUCUGUCCUUGCUAAACUGUUGUCUGUACUUUGCUUUCAUCAUGAAGUCACUUUAUCUUUCACUGC